AUGGCUUCCUGCUCAUCCUCUUGGGUGGACAUUCCACCCGAUUCUGACUUUUCGUUGGCCAACAUUCCGUUUGGAGUCUUUUCUGCGACACCAAGAGGUCCCAAACGAUGCGCCACGGCCAUUGGCAAUAAGGUAGUCGACUUGUCGAUUCUCCAAGAAGCGGGAUGUUUGGACUCUGUCCCAGGUCUGUCGGCCAAUGCCUUUUGUGGACAAGAAACACUCAACGCCUUUGUGGCGCAUUCACCACCCGUGUGGAAAGAGACUCGUCAGAGACUGCAAGAGCUGUUUACCAAAACAAAAGACAAUAACAGUAGGGCACUCCACGACAAUACACUAUUACAAAAAGCAGCCCUUCAUGACAUGGACUGCGUGUCUCUGCACUUGCCACUGGCUGUGGGGGAUUACACUGAUUUUUAUUCGUCGCGGGAACACGCCACCAAUGUGGGGACCAUGUUCCGUGGCAAGGACAAUGCCUUGCAGCCCAAUUGGUUGCAUUUGCCCGUCGGAUAUCAUGGCCGAUCAUCGACGCUACAGGUAUCGGGACAUGCCGUCCGACGACCCUGUGGACAAUUACUGCAAAAGGAAGAUCCAAAACAGGGCAGUAUCUACGGGCCCUGCCAAUUGCUGGAUUUUGAACUCGAAGUGGCUGCGGUAGUAGGAGGGCCUGCCAAUGCGAUAGGACAGGCUCUGACUAUGGAACAUGCCAAGAGUCGAAUCUUUGGAUAUUGUCUCAUGAAUGACUGGUCUGCCAGAGACAUUCAGAAAUGGGAAUAUGUUCCACUCGGUCCCUUUACUUCCAAAAACUUUGCAACAACACUCUCUCCUUGGAUUGUCACCACAUUGGCACUGGAAGAAGGAGGAUUUGCCUGCCCUACAUCUGCUACCGAACAAACCAAUCCUGUACCACUGCCGUACCUACAGGAUCCCAACUAUUCAUCGUACGAUAUUCAAUUGACCGUGGCAAUUCAAUCGGCGUCCAUGUCUACCGCUACAACAAUUUGUACAUCCAACUUUUGUCACCUAUAUUGGAAUCCGGCACAACAAUUGGUCCACCAUUCCGUCACGGGGUGUGUCAUGAAUCCGGGAGAUUUGUUGGGCAGCGGGACCAUCUCGGGAAGUACACCCAACUCGUUUGGUUCAAUGCUCGAAUUGAGUUGGAAAGGAAGUCGUCCCGUGCCAUUGUCCGACGCGGAAUCCAGAACCUUUUUGCAAGACGGAGACAAGAUCAUUAUGAAAGGGUGGUGUCAAAAGUCCAAUACUAGUGACUGUGACGACAAUCCCCCACGCAUUGGCUUUGGAGUGUGUGAAGCUGUCAUCUUGCCAGCAACUCCCGUGACAACAGAGCCAAUUAACAAUCCAACAACAACAAUAACCUCACAACCUCAGAAGGAACGGUACCAAAACUUUAGGCUCUACGGAUACUGGAAAUCUUCCUCUACUUGGAGAGUCCGCAUGGCACUAGCAGCCAAGGGAAUCGACUACGAGACUAUUCCUGUCAAUGUGUUUCAGGGCGAACAAAAUGAACCGGCUUACAAGAAGAAUGUCAACCCACUGGGCCAAGUGCCCGUACUGGAAUUCACCGACACGCAACAACACUCCAAUGACGACAACCACAAGGAUGGUGUGAUUCGAUUGUCCCAGUCCAUUGCUAUAAUCGAAUUCUUGGAUGCCGCCUUUCCGGAUCGACGAGCCUUGUUUCCACAGAAUGAUCCUUUGAAGAAGGCCAUUGCCUAUCAAAUGGUGGAGAUCAUCAAUUCGGGAACUCAACCCCUCCAGAACAUUCCCUUUUUGAAAGGCAUUCAAGAACAAUCCGAAGAGCGGGUCGUGGCCAAUCAUGUUGCCAAGAAAGUGAUUGAAAAGGGUCUGUCGGCAUUGGAAACUCUAGUGGUGAAACAUCAUCAUGCAACAACAACGGGACAAGGACCAUUCUGCUUGGGGACAUUUUCGCCAUCAGUGGUAGAGGCAUUUCUUGUCCCACAAAUGUUCAAUGCAAGAGGGCAAGGAGUCGAAGUGGACAAGAUUUGCCCGACUUUGGUCAAAAUUGACAAGCUGUGUUCGCAACACACCUGGUUUCAAAAGUCCCAUCCGGACCAGCAGCCAGAUGCUGGGACCUGA